UGCGCUAGGGGGCAGAACGACUUAACGCUGAUUUGAUUUGACUCGAGCCGAAUGUUGAGUUCAAUUGUUGCUCAUCGUGAAGAAGCAAAAAAGUAGUUUCAAAGAAAGAUGAAUGGUUGGGAUCAGGAAGUUUACUGCCUUCUGUGUGGCAAGCCCCAGUCCGGUCUUUCUGAUCAUCUGAGAACAGCAUGCAUGAAGGAGAAUGUUGAUGCUCAGCUUAUUGAUCAAGAAGUGAUGAGGGCCAUAGAAUUGCAGAUGAAGUGGUCGAAAGAGGGAAGGAUUAUUAACAUUGCAGAGGUGAAGAAGAUUGUGAAGAGGAACGCUUCGCUCUGUGACUUGGCCGAGUAUUUUGAGAAACAGGGAUUUUUCGUUACGAAUCAGAAAAGUUCCACCAAGAAGAAGGUGAUUGUUCUGGCAAAGGUGGAAAUGGAAGAUGUUUACAAAAGACUUGUUGAAAAAAAAAGUGUUCCUAGUAAGAACCAGACAACCUUCCGCAAUUAUUGUGUGGCCACAUUGUUGUAUAUGCACAAACAGUCUCCCAAGAGCAUUGUUGAAUUCAAGGUACAGGAUUGGAAUAAUAGAAGACAGGACGGAGACAACGUCCUUUUACAGCUUGCUAAAGAACAGACUUUAAAACUCAGCGAGACGGAACACAUGUUUUUAGACUGUUACUUCUGUAACAUAAGGCCUGGGUAUUUGAAGAACAGCUACAAAAAGAAACAUGAGAACUUCUUCUUGACCUCAUCAGGACCCCUUUCGAAUCCCAUUGCAGAUGUGAAUAACUUGUUGAGAAAAUAUGAAUCAGUGGCGCAGAGAAGGGGACCCCCAACAUAUGUUGCAAUGCCAGAGGAGCAGCAGAGUGCUGAAUGUAUCUCACCUUUAAGUUCAUGGUUUGCCUUCGAGGAUAAGUUUCCUGUCACAUUGCAUGGAAAAGCUCCUUCACUAAAGCAGGCAACAGACGCAGGUUUUGUGAAAAACCGUAGAUUGUAUUUCCAAUGGAGAGGUGUGCAGUAUAAACAGCGUGUGCGAUAUGUACUGGGUAAGUAUAGGGAGACUGAUGCCAGGGAGACUGAUGCCAAACCCAAGCCAUCUCAAAUCCAGCCCAUCAUUGAUAAGACCAGAUGGACCACUAACAUUCAGACCAUGGGUGACGUUCUGCUGGCAUGGAUCCAGUUUGCACGUAUGUCUCCUGCUCAGAUUGAAACCGAUGUGUCCACAAGAAAUUCAGUCACCCAGCAGCAAGGGGAAGAGCCGGCUACUGAAAAUGAGAAAGUCGCCGAGCAGCAAAGGGAAGACUUGUUAUCAAAAACAAGGAUGAGGUUGAAAAUGAUGCAUCUGAAAUUAAUUUAGUCUCCGAGCAGCAAGGGGAAGAUCUGGUUAUUAAAAAAGAGGAAGAUGUUGAAGAUAAUGUGUCACUAAAUUUAGUCAAAAAGCAGCAGUGGACAAAGCUGGGUAUCAAAAAGGAGAAAGAUAUCAUGGCCACAAUGGAGUUCACUGCAAACCAGAAUCAGCAUGGCUGGCGCAGUGAAAUAGUACCC